UUGAGCAUCCCUGAUAUUCUGCCUCCGUUUCAACUGAACUCGUGAGUAAGGCACAUUGCCUGCUAUCUGUCAAAAGUGAAAGGCAUGUUAUUACCUGGAGAGCCUAGAUUAACCAUCCUCCAGGACUGAAAGGAUUAUGAAGAAUUGCAUUUUUUUCAUCACCUUUAAUACUUCAUUGUUGCCUGAUUUUUCAAGAGCAUGAAUUGUUCUGGUCACCAAGGGUGCUUUCACCUGAAUACUUCUUCAUCAGAUGCCACAAGAGAAUGUUUAUGAAAACAAAGAAACUUGUGAUGUGGAGAUAACAGUUCUGUUUUCAGCUAAUGUAAACUUGCAGAGUCAGUGAGAAGGCAAAGAAAAAAAUUGCCAAGGACAAUGUCGGUAACGCCUAGUAACUUGUCUCUCAACGGGACAAGCUUCUUCACUGAAAAUCACGGCAUCGUGGAUAAGCCCAGCGAGCAGGGAACUUUGAAUGUCUUUCUAUUCUGCUUGACUUUUAUCAUUGCAUUCACAGCCCUUCUGGGCAGUGCUUAUUCACUAGUUUCCCUGCUGAAAAUGCAAACCAAAACCACAAUUUCAAUGAUUGUGACCUCUUUGUCAAUAGAUGAUUUAAUCAGCAUUGUGCCAGUGAUUAUUUUCAUGCUCACCCAGUGGUCGAGUGAUGUCCUCCCCCAGCCUCUGUGCACAACCUCAGCGCUUAUAUAUUUAUUCCAGGGCAUUUCUAGCAACCUGAAAGGGUCUCUUAUAGUUUCUUACAACUUCUACGCCAUCAACAAAGUGGAGGCAAUGAGCUGCAGCACUUCCAAGCGACGAGUGAGCAUGGUAUGGGCCAUUCUUACAAUCUGGAUUUUCAGUUUGCUGAUCUGCAUUUUGCCUCUCUGUGGCUGGGGCAAGUACAUCCCCACCUCCUGGGGUUGCUUCACUGACUGUGCCAGUUCCUACAUCUUGUUUUUGUUUAUUGUCUACUCGCUGUGCUUUUGCCUCCUCACAGUGCUGUCUGUUCCUCUUACAUACCAGUUGUUGUGCUCAGACGAGCAGCAGCUUUUACACCUUGAUUACCAGGAAAUCUCUGGAGGCUACAUCAGCCCUGGGACACCUGCAGGCUGCAGCACCACUACCCCAUCGCUGCCGCCACUGGACCCCGUGGAUAAAACCCUGAAGCAUUUCCAAAACACACGUCCAAGCUCGGAGGCAGUUUUUAGGAAAAGUGUGGGUGAGAGCAGUGCACUUGAGCCCCAUUGCAUGAACAGCAACCAGAGCAAGAGCUUCAUGGUGGGCUUCGCCCAGAAACGGUUCUCACUGAUUCUUGCACUGACCAAAGUCAUUCUCUGGCUUCCCAUGAUGAUACAAAUGGUUGUUCAGCACAUCACUGGUUUUCAAAGCCUGUCGUUUGAGACACUCAGCUUCCUGCUGACUUUGCUGGCUGCCACAGUCACCCCAGUGUUUGUCCUGUCAGAACACUGGAUCCACCUGCCCUGUGGCUGCAUCAUUAAUUGCAGGAGGGAUUCGUAUGCAUUGUGUUCAGAAGAACUCAAAACCAAGCGCAGGGGGUUUGAAUUCAACCUGUCAUUCCAGCAAGGCUACGGAAUCUACAAAAUAUCCCAGGAAAACCAGCACCUCGGUACCGACGGUAAACCUCCGUCCUGUCGCAGCCCGGUGAGCUACGCGUGCGGGGCCGGGGGCGGCGGCGCCCCCCGCGCGGCGCUCAGCACCACGGACAGCGGCCGGGGCGGGGCGGAGGGGCCCGAGCGGCGUCUGUCCCACGAGGGGGAGAGUCACGCACCCCAGCUCAGCGACUGGGAGUGGUGCCGGAGCAAAUCGGAGAGGACCCCUCGGCAGCGAUCAGGUGGGGCCUUAGCUGUCCCUCUGUGUGCAUUUCAAGGAACUGUCUCUCUUCAGGCCCCCACAGGGAAAACACUCUCUUUAUCUACAUACGAGGUAAGCACUGAAGGGCAAAAAAUAACACCCACAUCCAAGAAAAUUGAAGUAUAUCGAUCUAAAAGUGUUGGUCACGAGCCAAACCCAGAGGAGUCUCCUAAUACAUUUGCUGACACGAGUGUUAAAAUUCAUUUAGAAGUUCUGGAAAUCUGUGACAAUGAAGAGGCCCUGGAUACUGUGUCAAUCAUCAGUAAUAUCAGCCAGUCCUCCACACAGGUAAGGUCUCCAUCCUUACGUUACUCACGGAAAGAAAACAGGUUUGUCUCUUGUGAUUUAGGGGAAAGUGCCUCCUACUCCCUCUUCAUCCCAUCAAACAAUCCUGACAGUGAUAUUAACAUAUCAAUUCCAGACACUGUCGAAGCUCAUCGGCAGAACAGUAAAAAACAGCAUAUGGAAAGAGGUGGUUAUCAGGAAGAAAUUCAGAUGUUGAAUAAAGCAUACAGAAAACGGGAAGAAGUUGGCAGCAGCAACUAAAAGGCCUUUCAUCUGGACAUGUAAGCUGACUUAACACGCCUUGCUCCUCUUGACUCAGGUGACACUAGCAAAUACAGUGUUGACCUUUUUUUCCUAACAUACAAAUCAAUUUUAUUUGAGUGCAUUGUUAAAUGGAUUAGAACUUUUAAUGAUACAUGGAUGGGAUUACAGCUUUGCAUAGUGAAUUUCAAGUUAUUAUAGAUCUAUUUAUUUGAGGAACACUUGUGUCUAAAAGGAAUCCUAAAUAGAGUUUUAAAAACGAGUUGUGGUUGCUUGUAGGCACUGGGUGUUCUGUCUGCAGAAAUGAGGGAGCAGCUCCUCAGGUGUGAAGUGACAAAAGUCUGGGCUGACUUGCAAUUCUGCUGUUACUGAUGUGUCUGACUUGAAACAUUUAUCUGAAAAUCUGUACCCCAAACCUAAGACUAGGUGGUUUAGUUGACAAAGUAGAGGAUUAAAAGAUACGUAAAGAGUUUAAUUCUCUUCUGCUCUAUACAUGAUUCAUAUGUCAUCCCUAUGUAAAUGGCCAAUAUAUAGACCUUUGAAUAUGGGUGGCUGGAAUGUAAGCAUGCAUGUUCUGUAAAUAUGACAUUGUGAAGUUAAAGAGUGUCCUCAUGGCUUGACAUUUCUUUGAUCAGAUGUGACAAAUGUUGGUUAAUUUUAUGCCAGUUACUCUGAAGAGUCCUGUUUUUUGCCUCUGGGAUCUCUUACCAAGUUACCGAAUACUUGCACUCACUUCAGAAAAAGGCAGCAUUUGGAAUGUUUGAAGAGUUAGGAUGUCAAAAGUAAUUUGAAUAAUUCUUCAUGUUUGAGUUGUCCCUAAGCAAGUAGUUUUACAUCAUCAUCUUCCUCGUCAAGGCCCAUAUGAAGCCAGUACUUUUUCAGCACAGCCACGAGAGUGAGUGUAGCUUGCAGGUGGUUGCAGGAGCCCCAGUGGCUCACAGCAAGAACACAAAUGUAUUUUUCUGCCAUAUAUAUUCUGUCUGUAAAUCUGUCUUCACUCCUCUUUGGAUGGACCCUCAGGCUUUAGAUGUGAGUCAGGAGCUGGGGGUGGCCACUGAUUUGUGACUCCUUAGGAGAGGGGGAAGGAGCUGUUCAAGGCAGCCAAACUUAGAGACUGGACUUUGACACCAACCUUACGAGAGUGGGGCUGGUUAACUAAAGCAAGUUCCUGCCCUGUGUCACCCUCAGGAGGAGUCCAUCUCCCUACUGACUUAUAAGGGACCUAAAAGUAAGUCUAAAACCAGCCUUAAACCAUUGAACACUCUUAUUUUGUGUCAAAUUCAGCCAGGCCAAGGCAGAAACAGUGAAUAGAGCCAAGGCUUACAUUAAACAUGCUGCAUAUGCUUGAAAUGAUAGUGCAUUUUGACAGAGAGGUUUUUACUUAGAUUUUGUCAUUAUUUUCUGUUAAACAGAGGUAAUUACCCUCCCAGGUCUGUCAGCAGUUUGGUUAAAAAUGAUACUGUUUCUCUAACAAAUAGAUUUGAUUUCCAGUUGUAUGUGUGAUGACAUACUCGUUCAGGUGCCGUUUUCCACUCAGUGGGAACGUGGAAAGGAAAGUAAGCACAACCCUGUUUAGGUUUCUUUUAUAGGUUAUGAACAGACAGAGCAAAAGGGCCAAACCCUGUGUCCAUUUGCAGUCAGCAUUCCAUGUGGAGGCAGGAAACCAAGCAGGAGACUUGCACCAGCAUCAGUCAGGGCUGCCAUGGCGAGCAGUGGGCUGUGCUGGUGUGACAGUGAUGUAGUGCUGAAGAAAAGCAGGGUCGAAGGCUGCAGGGCCCUGUGAUAGAGAUGGAUCACUCUGCAAGUUGUGCUUUCCCUGUGCUGCCUUUCCAAGGUGAACACAGGAGCUCUUGUUGGGUUGCCUCAAGCCCUUAGUUCCACUAAGAUGCUAUGUUGUAUUUCAGAUUUAACAAGAAACUACAGUAGAGGAAAUAAUCAGUUUGAGUAGAUCCACACAGAGAGAUGGAUUCUGCUGUCUCUGCUGCUUUCCUUUGUGUUCUGUAGUUGGAACACAGGAGUUAUCUUCAUAGCAACAGACACACUUGACCAGAUAAAGGUAUCAAAGUUGUGAUGGAGGGUGCAGUCCAUCACAACUUGAGUUUGGCCAGGAGUUUGGUUUCCCUGCAGGUGAUUUGAACUAUGUUAACAGGAUUACAUGCUUAUGUGCUAAUCUGUGAUGGAUAUAUUUACAAAGGAUUACAAUUUGGAGGCAUUUAAAUUCUGCACAGCCAUGACCCAGAGCUUGACCUAAUUGUAGUGUUGUCCUGCUGCUGUAAUAAAACAUACAUUUUAUUUAAUGAGUCUGUAAAUUCGAUAAUGUACAAAUGUCUGAUUAUUUUAUUUUUUGCUCUAAAUUACUUACCUCAUUAAAAAAAUUAAAGUGUCUGAAAACCCAAGUUGUAA